UGGGCAGCGGGCGGAGCCGCCGCCGCUGCUGCCGAAGUCGGUCCGCACAUCGGAGACUGCGCUGGGAUCGGCGCGGCUCUGCUGCAGCCACCGGGAGGGAGGGAGAGGCGGGCGCUGCCGCCCGCGCCGUGCCGAUGGGUCUCCUCCUGCUCCUCUGGGCGUGUGCGGCCGCCGCCGGGGCAGCUGUAGGAUUUGGAAUGGAUCCUGACUUACAAAUUGAUAUCAUCACAGAACUGGAUCUUGUGAAUACAACCCUUGGGGUAACACAAGUGUCAGGACUACACAAUGCCAGCAAGGCAUUUUUAUUCCAAGAUGUAGAAAGAGAAAUCCACACACCACCCCACGUGAGUGAGAAGUUAAUUCAGCUCUUCUGGAAUAAAAGCGAGUUCACGUUUUUGGCCACCCUGCAACAGAAGGCAUCAACUUCUGGAGUUCUACUGUCCAUCCGAGAGUUAGAGCACAGCUAUUUUGAACUGGAGAGCAGUGGCCUGCGGGAUGAGAUUAGAUAUCACUACAGGUUUAAUGGGAAGUCCAGAACAGAGGUGUUCCCAUACCGUCUGGCAGAUGGACAGUGGCAUAAGAUUGCUGUGUCGCUGAGUGCAUCCCACCUUUUGCUCCACGUGGACUGCAACAGGAUUUAUGAACGUAUCAUUGAUCCCCCAGAAACAAAUCUAGCACCAGAAAGCAGUAUAUGGCUUGGACAGAGAAACAGGAAGCAUGGAUUCUUUAAGGGUGUUAUUCAAGAUGUGAAAGUCGUCUUUAUGCCUAAUGGCUAUAUAACACAGUGUCCCAAUCUGAAUCGCACAUGCCCGACCUGCAGCGAUUUCUUAAGUCUGGUGCAAGGAAUCAUGGAUUUGCAAGAACUCCUGGCAAAAAUGACUGCAAAAUUAAAUUAUGCAGAAACAAGACUGAGUCAAUUGGAAGACUGUCAUUGUGAGAAGACUUGUCAAGUAAAUGGAUUGAUCUAUAGAGACAAAGACUCAUGGGUUGAAGAUGAUCACUGCAGGAAUUGCACAUGCAAAAGUGGAACUGUGGAGUGCCGCAGGAUGUCCUGUCCCCCUCUGGAUUGUCCUCCUGAUGCUCUCCCAGUGCAUGUGGAAAGCCAGUGCUGCAAAGUGUGCAAGGCCAAGUGUAUCUAUGGAGGCAAAGUGCUGGCAGAAGGUCAACGAGUGUUAAACAAGAGCUGCAGGGAAUGUCGAAAUGGAGUUUUAGUAAAAGUAACAGAGACUUGUCCUCCCCUGAACUGCUCAGAACAAGAUCAUGUUCUUCCGGAGAACCAGUGUUGCAGUGUUUGUAGAGGCCAUAACUUCUGUGCUGAAGGACACAGAUGUGGUGAAAAUUCUGAGUGCAAAAACUGGAACACAAAAGCGACUUGUGAAUGCAAGAGUGGUUUUCUCUCUGUCCAAGGGGAUUCUGCCUACUGUGAAGAUAUCGAUGAGUGCGCUGCCAAGAUGCAUUAUUGUCAUGCCAACACUGUGUGUGUUAACUUGCCUGGAUCCUAUCGCUGUGACUGUGCCGUGGGAUAUGUCCGUGUGGAUGAUUUCUCCUGUACAGAGCAUGAUGAGUGUGGCAGCCAGCACCAGAGCUGUGAUGAGAAUGCCAUCUGCACCAACACUGUGAGGGGACACAGCUGCACCUGCAAACCCGGAUACGUGGGGAAUGGGACCAUCUGCCGAGCUUUCUGUGAAGAAGGGUGCAGAUACGGUGGAACUUGUGUAGCCCCUAACAAAUGUCUCUGCCCUCCUGGAUUCACAGGAAGUCAUUGUGAGAAAGAUAUUGAUGAGUGUGCAGAGGGGAUCAUUGAGUGUCACAACCAUUCACGCUGUGUUAACCUCCCAGGGUGGUACCACUGUGAGUGCAGAAGCGGUUUCCAUGACAAUGGAAGCUACUCUCUAUCUGGGGAGUCCUGUGUUGAUAUCGAUGAGUGUGCCUUGAAGACCCACACAUGCUGGAAUGACUCAGCCUGUGUGAACCUGGCAGGAGGCUUUGAUUGCCUUUGUCCAGCCGGACCAUCCUGCACUGGAGACUGUCCCCAUGAAGACGGCUUCAAGCGGAAUGGGCAAGUGUGGACCCUGCGGGAGGACAGAUGCUCCGUUUGCUCCUGCAAGGAUGGGAGGAUUUUCUGCCGGAGGACAGCGUGUGACUGCAGGAACCCCAGUGCUGAUCUCUUCUGCUGCCCAGAGUGUGACACCCGCAUCACCAGCCAGUGCCUCGACCAGACAGGGCACAAGCUCUACCGCAGUGGGGACAACUGGACCUACAGCUGCCAGCAGUGCCGAUGCCUGGAAGGAGAGGUGGAUUGUUGGCCUCUCCUGUGCCCAAAACUCAACUGCGAAUACACAGCCAUCUCAGAAGGAGAGUGCUGUCCCCACUGCGUCAGUGACCCCUGUUUGGCUGACAACAUCACCUACGAUAUCAGGAAAACCUGUCUGGAUGACUAUGGGAUCACAAGGCUUAGUGGCGCUGUAUGGACAAUGGUGGGAUCUCCUUGUACAACCUGCAAAUGCAAGAAUGGGAAUGUCUGCUGCUCCGUGGAUUUGGAGUGUCUCAGCAAUAACUGACAUACUCAGAUGGGACUAUGCCAAGAGGGGGACCGAGGAAGAUGACCACCUGAAAUGAAGCUGUGUGCGUUGGUGUUUUGUACAACAGACAGUUACCAAAGUCUCCACCUGAGGAAGAUGUUUGGGAGUUGCCUUUGGGACCUACCACUAUGCUCAUCCUCACCACCCUUGUCUGGGUGGAUUACAGUACAGCGCAUACAAGUCAGUGGUUGUUACAGAGUUUUCAGUGUUGUAAAUGACACACUUCUCCUGUCAAGAAAUUUGCAAAUAUGUUUAAAUUAUUUCAUGGUUAAACUACUGCUGUAUUUUUGGUUUAAUUUGUGUAUUGACAACAUGCUAGAAUCCAACUCUUCUUACUUUGCAUCUAGAUUUUACAAAUAAGACAGCCUGUUGUGAUUUUGUCCCAUGAUAUCACAUACUUAAUUCCAAGGUCCCUGUCAGAUGUAUUUAUGAAAAUAUGUAUGUAUGUACAGUCAGAUUGCAUAGUCCUUAUAUUUCACAGCUGUCCAACCUUUUAAAGCAGUCAAAGGUAUAUUUGAUUGGACAGAAUGGAAAUAAUCAAAAUAAGUCUGUCUUAAAAAAUUAUGAAAUUCAAUGCCAUGAACUUCAUGGCAAAAAAGGCACUUUCUUCUCCCAGACGUUCAGAGCAGCAGCAAGACUCCUACAAGAAAUGGAACUAAACCCACAUUCCACUGCCAAUUCAACACAUGUUCAGGAAAGAAUCACCAGUCAUUGUCAAUGUUCUGUUUUGCAAGCGAAACUAAACUGCAAGUGCUAGAAGAGGGUGUGGAGUUGUGGAUUGUGCAGUGAUAAAACAGGCGGAGACCCUUAAGGUCAUCUAAUUCAAAUAGAGUAGGUUAAAAUUUGCUUUCAAUCAUAACAUCAUUGAUGAGUUCAGGGGUUUUCCUCUCUUGUGUUCACUGUAAUAAUGAUGUCUGCCAUUCUCAGGUACUGCUGCCCUAAUGACAAAAGUGCAGAAGCACCUUCACCAGCAGCAUGCAGGACAGGAGACGUUAACGCUUGAUAACUUUUAUUAUCCUAUUCACAGCUCAGAAACAGGUUUUCUCUGGUCACAUGUUGACAUUCAGAAAUACUUAAGUUUUAAAUUUACCCGCAGUGUUGUGGGGUACCUAAGUUUAGACAGAAAUACAAAUUAAAACUCUUAGCCCUGUAUUGAGAUUAGAGUUUACAUUCUCUUCAGCUAAUGCCUAUUUUUGCCAUGAGGCUAGAAAGUUUGUGGCGUUAGAACAAGAAUAUAUUUCUCCAAUGAUGGCACCUGCAGCUUCAAUGUCACCUUUAUAAUGUGCUCUUGUGUUUUGUUCUGCUCAUUUGUGUAGUGUUUUUUGCUUUUUAUUUAUUUAAUUAAACACACUGAGUAUAUGGAAAAGUACAGAAAUGAGUAUAGUGGCUACAGUUUGGGAAGUACAUUUGUGAGUUUUCCAUGCAGAAAAUGUGAAACUGAUUAACAAGAAUGAAGUGUGACUUUACAGUGACAUUACUCAUCUUUUGAAUGAAGUAUUAUUAUAUUUCUUAUCCGGGGAUGGUGACAAAAGAGUAUAAACACUCCUUUCAAUCAUUCGGACAACUUCAUUCCCAUUCUUUAAACAGGAUUUGUUUUAUCCAACAGGUUUGUGUGGUGAAGGUAAAUUUAUUUUCUUAAAAUGCCCCAUCAAUUUCAGCUACUCAUGUAUUGACUAUAUUUACAUUGCCCUAAUGAUUGUAUAAUAAGGGAAACAGUUGUGUUUUAUAUGAUGCUCAAAGGAUGUUUGUAAAUCAUAAUGUCAGCUCAUUUUGUAUAUCACAUUGUAAAACCCAAUGGUAAUUCAGUUGGAUGGGAGAUUCAGUGGGCUGAGAUAUAAAGGGGAAUGAUUUAAAACUCGUGGGCAUCUAAAUAAACUCCUGUGUACAGA